AUGCUGACAUUUACAAAAAAUGGUGAAGAUAUAUCCAGGAAGAUUUAUCAAAUAUUCCGGGAGCAAAAUCCUAAAAUCGGUGUUUUGAUUUUACAAGAGCAAGAAAAAUUUGUUUACUCACUCGUAGAAGAAUUCGUCGACGAUUGCUUCAAGCAAGCUAAUUAUAUUAUUCCAAUUUUAACCACUGGUUAUAUUAAUCAUAUCAACAAUUUGACCAAUAAUGAUGAUGAAGAAAGUUUGGUCAAUAAUUUGGACCAUAAAUAUGUUAAAUAUUUAUACUCGUUGAUGCGUUUAGAGUAUUGUAAAAAUAAUUGUCACAACAAUCGCAUCAGGUAA